AUUGGCAUUGGGCUGUGUGCAAUGUGAUUAGUAUACGGUCUUUAGUAAAAUGGUGUGAAGUUUUGUUGUAAAAUACCUAUUUAAUAAUUAAGAAUAAUUAUCUACUUGUUUUUUUAAAGUAUUUCUUAUUAAUACUAGGGAUAAUAUCUCUUUAAAUUUAUCUUCAGAAAAAAGUUUAAUAAAAAUAGUAUGCAAUGUGUGCUAAAAUGGCAUUCACUCAUCAACCUGGCACUGCCAUGGAGUGCCUUAGUAUACCCAUUACAUUAACUAAAGAAUCAGCUAUUGAUAAUGAUGGCCGAGAAUUAUUAAAAUGUGGGUUUAAAAUCGGCGGAGGAAUUGACCAAGAUUUUAGAAAAAGCCCUCAAGGGUAUACUGAUAACGGCAUUUAUGUAACUGAAGUUCAUGAUGGGAGUCCUGCUUCUAGAUCUGGUUUACGAAUACACGACAAAAUAUUACAGUGUAAUGGAUAUGAUUUUACCAUGGUCACCCAUAAAAAAGCUGUGGACUAUAUCAAGAAGCAUAAAAUAUUAAAUUUAUUAGUUGCCAGAAGAGGAGUUACAUCUACAUAAUACAAAAUACCUUAAAAUGUAUUGUAAGUUGUUUGCAUUAUUUUUUUUAUAUUAUUACACACAACCAAAGGUUAUUGAUUAAUUUUGUUACUUAUCCUAUAUUACUAAAAAUGUGUUUUAUUGUUAAGAAUAGAUGUACGCGAAAGACAAAUAUAAUAAUGACUUAAUUUUAAGACCAGUUAUAGUUUUUUAGUAAACCCAGGCAAUAUUAAAUUUUGUUUAGCUUCAAUUCAAUGUUUUCUUCUUGUUACAUUAUUUUUUGUUUAAAAAGAGCAACAUUACAACAAUACAACAUUUAUAUUAGCC